AGAAGGAUAUCUCCGAGAUAGGGAUUUAAAUCAGUUCGGUCUAUCUCCAAGAGUGGGACUUCAAUUAAGUUAAAUAAAUUAAACAAACAUAAAAAAUUAAGUUUAAUAUAGUUAUUCUACUAUUUAUGUGUUUGACUAAAUUGAUACAAAAAUGAAGGCUUUAAUUCUACUCCUGGUGAUGCAGUAUGCAAGCUGUGGACUCUAUCCCAGGGAUUCAUCCAGUAGAGAGUCAAAAAGUCUAGAUGGGAUCUGGAGUUUUAAACUCUCGGAUAAGAUGGAUCCAGAUGUUGGGUUUAGAGAAGAAUGGUACCAAGCUCCCCUGGACUUAAAGAAUGAUGUAAUACAUAUGCCUGUACCCUCUAGCUACAAUGAUAUCACAGUAGAUCCCAAUAUAAGAGAUUAUGUUGGCUGGGUUUGGUAUGGAAGAAGGUUUUUUGUUCCUCAGUCCUGGAGGGAACAAAGUGUAUUUGUCAGGUUUGGAUCUGUUCACUACACUGGAGCUGUGUACGUGAACGGGCGCCAUGUUGGAUCCCAUAGUGGCGGCCAUCUUCCUUUCUCAUUUAAUCUGUCAGCUGUUCUUAACUUUUCACAGGAAAACUGGAUUACAGUUGCGGUUAAUAAUACUUUAACAAGGUAUACGGUUCCCCAAGGGAGUGUAGUUUGGAAGAAUGAUGAUGAUAAUUAUUCACCUGGAUAUUCUACACUAGAGAUUGGAUUUGAUUUCUUCAACUACGCUGGUAUUCAUCGGCCGGUCAUUCUCUACACUCUACCCAGGGAUCUUUAUGUAUCUGAUAUAACAACAUCAACGCUAGUAUCCAGUGACCACCUUCUCGCCACUCUAACUGUAGAUGUGGAAUUUACUCUGGCAGCUGGCAGCAAGCAACAAGAUGGUGUUCAAUGUGAUAUUAAAUUACUUGAUAAAUCUGGAGUAGUGGUUGGAGAUCUGCACUCAUGUCAAGGAGAUAUUAAAAUAAAGAACCCUGCUCUCUGGUGGCCGUAUCUCAUGUCAGAGACUCCAGGAUAUAUGCAUCAACUGUUGGUGACUGUGUCUCAUGUUAGAUACGGUUCUGAUGUUUAUCAAUUACCCAUAGGGCUUAGAGAGGUGAGCUGGGGGUCAUCAGCAUUUCAAAUCAAUCAUGAGAACUUCUAUUUCACAGGAUUUGGAAGACAUGAAGAUUCAAACAUUAGAGGGAAGGGGCUUGAUCUGCCCUUAGUUCUCAGAGAUUACAAUUUGAUAAAAUGGAUUGGAGCCAACUCCUACAGGACCUCCCACUAUCCCUACGCAGAUGAGAUUAUGGAUUUAGCAGAUGAAAACGGGAUUGUUAUUAUUGACGAAUGUCCUGCGGUGGCGCUGGAUCAUUUUGAGGAUGAACUGCUGGUGAACCAUCUAAAGUCUCUGAAGGAACUAGUGGAUCGGGAUAAGAACCGACCCAGUGUUGUCAUGUGGUCAGUAGGAAAUGAACCAAAAUCUUACAGAAACGAUUCUGGAAUAUAUUUUGAGAAAGUUUACAACUUUACCAGAUCUUUGGACGGAACUCGAGCAAUUACACUGGUGAUCAAUGCUGAUUAUAAAACAGAGCAGGCUAGCCAACAUUUUGAUGUUAUUGCAAUAAAUAGAUAUUUUGGUUGGUACAGUGAUACUGGGCAUCUGGAAGUAAUAUAUAAACAUAUGCUUAAUGAUCUCAAACAUUGGAGAGAAUCUAGAGGUAAACCCGUAAUGGUCACAGAAUACGGAGCCGACACUGUCCCAGGAAUCCACACCCUACCUGCAGUUGUGUUUUCAGAAGAAUAUCAAAUUCAACUGAUGAAAGAAAAUUUUAAGGCAUUCGAUGAAGCAAAAGCUGAAGGGUGGUUCAUUGGAGAAAUGAUUUGGAACUUUGCAG